GCAUUUACCGCCAUGUGCGGUAAAUGCCAGUUAUCGAAGAAGAAUAGCCUAAGCGCGAUAACUCCCCUGUCCUCAACCAAAUUUCCAAAAUAGCCCCAAGCCUUAAAUGCGCUUGCGCACACAUCCUCUUCGCUCGACGAUUUUGAUCAGACAGCAUCAACAGAAAAAUCACCUCCAAGUUGCAACCCAUUACGUGGAUUACUAUAUUGUACAGGUAUCGUUCCACCGGUCAUCGAAACAUGCUCCGUGCAAAAAGGACUACAAAGUCUCCAUAUGCCAGGCCCGGCCGAGCUCCAGCUGCCACCAAAAAGGCCAAAGCAUCCAGGCCUACAAGCACCGUGACUCAACCGAACCAGGUCACCACUGCUACAAGCACCGUGACUCAACCGAACCAGGUCACUCCUGACGCCAUACCUCCAGCCUUAUCAAACCAGCCUACAACUUCCUCAGGAAUAGACAUCCCUGACCCCUUAGAGUUUGAGGCAUCGCCAACAAUGCUUUCUCCAGUGGCAAAAGUUCAGGAAGCUGGCCCCCCAUGCAGACUAUUAUCCCUGCCAAGUUCCUCUGGAAUUCUGGAACCAUUUGAGCAGGACGUAGAACAACUACUCUCAGCAUCAGUCUCUCAUAGCACUCAAGAAAUAUACCAGAAAGGUCUUGACUCAUUUGCACAAUUUAGAAAAAAAAUUAACUUAACAGAAGUAUGGCCCCCUCCCAUAGACCAAUUAAUUAACUAUAUUGCUUACCUAUCCUCAAAGGGGACAACAUACUCUACAGCCAAAACCUACCUAGCUGGCUUAAGCUUCAACAUAAAACUUGGUAAUUUCCCAGACCCAUGCCAAUUUUUCAUAGUCAAGAAAAUGCUAAAUGGCUUUAAACAACUAAAACAUAGAAAAGAUUCAAGAAGCCCGAUAACAUUUCCCCUAUUAGUCAAGUUAAUAGACUCGCUGCAACAUGUGUGUCGCAAUUAUUAUGAAAAAUUACUGUUCUCCUCAGCAUAUGGGCUCGCAUUCUUUGCUUUACUUCGAGUUGGUGAAAUAACCACCACUAGGGCAAAUACCCACAGUUCCCCAUUAUCAAUAGAAAAUGUAUCAAUAUCCCAAUCAUCCAUUCAGAUCACUUUAGGGAAAACUAAAACAGAUCAGCAUGGCAAGGGCACAACAAUGCACAUUAACAGUACAAAGCACAAUCAAGUCCUAUUCCACAACAUUCUAGAGUACGCGACCCAUAGACCAUCACAAACUCAAACAUCACAGUUUCUGUGCCACAUGGAUGGCUCACCCUUGACUUACUAUCAAUUCAAUCAAAUACUAAAGAAAGCUCUAUCAUUCCUCAAACUUGAUAUAUCAACAUUCAAAUCCCAUUCAUUUCGCAUAGGGGCUGCAACUUCAUUGUAUAUGCAAGGUACUCCAGAGCAAGAAAUCAAAACCAUGGGUAGAUGGAAAUCCAACGCUUUUAAGUCAUAUGUUCGCCCUAAUACUGUAGUCUUGUAGAUAGUCAGUCUUACUAACUGUAAGCUAAGUUUGCAGGAACUCGCUGCAAGGUAUGGAUUGUUGGAUCUUCCAUCAUCAGACGAGCCGAAGAUUACUGCACACGUUCACCAAUUGGCCAAAACUUGUCUCUGGAGCACUUAAACAUAGAUGUAACCUGGUCCGGAUCUGGGGGACUAAAAUGGGAGCAACUUGAUCAACACAUUGCUAGUUUGUUAAAUCGCCACAAUGAAAUCAUUCCUCAAGUUCUAAUAGUUCACUGUGGUGGCAACAGUAUUGGCAUUCAGUCCCUUAAAAAAUUACAAAUAGCCAUGAAAUCAUUAUUAGACUCCAUUCAUAGAAAAUUACCAAACACUCUUCUUGUAUGGUCAAACAUACUUCCUCGCAAAUACUGGCGUUACAUGAUUUCGAGCGAAGCUGCAGAGAAAUCUAGAAAAAGAAUCAAUAAUUCCAUUGGUUGCUUUGUUGUGCAAAAGUUAAAUGGGGCCCUCAUUCGUUACCCAGAUAUUAGAAUUGAUCAGCCCAAAUUAUUCCUCGAUUGUGUUCAUUUAUCAGAUCUUGGAAAUUCUAUUUUUACAACUACAAUUCAAACGGCAUUGUCCAAGUUUCUGACUUCCAGUCAAAAGGUUUUCCCCACACUCCCAUAAAACACAGUAUCUGUGCAUGGCUUGUAAAAGAAACACCUUCACACCAUCCCAUAUUCAUGAUAGUAGUCGCAAUUGCACUGAGUUGCAUUGCAUCCUUCCCUCUCCCCUCCCCCCAGUUAUGCUGAUUGAUGCUUUGAUAUGUUGUGUUAUAUUGCUUUGCCACAUUAUUCAUUGAUGAUACCCUGCAUAUUGUUUUUGUAUUGCUUUGAGAAUCAUUGCGUUGC